AUGGUGAAAAUGAAAAAUGAAAAUAACCUUCAAGUUACUUUUUCAAAAAGAAGAUCUGGUCUUUUCAAAAAAGCUAGUGAGCUUUGCACUCUUUGUGGUGCAGAAGUCGUUGUUAUUGUGUUUUCUCCUGGUCGAAAAGUCUUUUCUUUUGGUCAUCCAAAUGUUGAUCUUGUAAUUGAUCGUUUUCUAAACAUUAAGUCACAUCAUCCUAACCAACACAACAACUUGCAAGUUAAUGACGCUCGUCAAAAUGCACUUGUUCAAGACCUCAACAAUCAUCUCACUCAGGUGAUUGAUCAACUCGAAGCAGAGAAAAAAAGAAACGAAGGUUUAAAACAAAAGAGAAGAGAUAGUAAGAGGGCUGAGAAUUGGUGGGAAGAACCCAUAGAAGAGUUCGACCUAACUCAGCUAACUGAAUUCAAAUGCGGUUUGGAAAAUCUGAGAAAAACAGUGACAACUGAAGCUUCCAAAUAUCUUCAAGCAAAUCAAAUUCCUCGCCAUAACUACUAUGUUGAAAGUUCUAGUAGUGCUGCUUUUGGGGUCUCUGGUAAUAAUGGUAAUAUCAACACUGAUUUGGAUCUGUUUAAUCAUCCAGGAAUGGUGAACAUGAACGCAUUCAAUUACAACCACAACAUGAUGGUUGCUCCUAACCAUACAACACCUGCCGGGAAUAAUGGUAAUAUUACUCAAGGGUUCGCUCCAGAAUACAAUCAAAACCAGAACCAGUAUCAAUUUAAGCAAGAGGACAUCUCCGAAAAUGAUCACCAUCCUAAUUAUCUUUCUCGCUUUGGAGAUGAUUACUAUUAA